UCCCUAGCCUAACUCGUCUUCCAGUUACUCUCUCUAAUUCUUCCCUUGCUUUAUAAUUACUGCCACUAUUAGCAGCAGAAGAGCAGCUUAUCUCCGCGUAAAGAAGAAAACGCUGAGAAUAAACAAAUGGCAGAGCAGAUAGAAGCAAAAGAGAGAAAAUAAAGUGAAAAAAAACUAAACUUUGAACUUAAAAUCACCGUUUUAUAGAACAGAGCAUCCGAGCUCUCCUCUCUUUCUUCCCCAUCCCCUACUUUUCUCUCCACUCGCCUUCAUGGCCUCGAAGCCAUUCACAGCGUUUGUUCUCCUGCUGGCGGCGUUUACUCUCCUUCCACCCUGUCUUCUAACUCCGGCGGCCGCCUCUGUAACCUACGACCAUAAAGCCGUCAUCAUUGACGGCCGGCGACGGAUUCUAAUCUCCGGCUCCAUUCACUACCCGAGGAGCACACCGGAGAUGUGGCCGGAUCUUAUCCAGAAGGCGAAAAAUGGAGGCUUGGAUGUGAUUCAGACAUAUGUGUUCUGGAACGGCCAUGAGCCUUCUCCUGGUCAGUACUACUUUGGGGAAAGGUAUGAUCUUGUUCGGUUUAUCAAGCUGGUGAAGCAGGCCGGUCUUUAUGUUCAUCUCCGCAUUGGUCCCUAUGUUUGUGCCGAGUGGAAUUUUGGUGGAUUUCCUGUUUGGUUGAAAUAUGUUCCCGGUAUCAGUUUUAGAACUGACAAUGGGCCUUUCAAGGCUGCCAUGCAAAAAUUUACUGAGAAGAUAGUGUCCAUGAUGAAAGCUGAAGGGCUCUUUGAAUCUCAGGGCGGGCCUAUAAUUCUCUCUCAGAUCGAGAAUGAGUUUGGGCCAUUAGAGUAUAACGGUGGAGCUCCGGCGAAGUCUUAUGCCAACUGGGCCGCGAACAUGGCCGUCGGCUUGAAGACCGGUGUUCCAUGGGUGAUGUGCAAGCAAGACGAUGCUCCUGAUCCAGUUAUUAACACCUGCAAUGGUUUCUACUGUGACUAUUUCUCUCCAAACAAACCUUACAAACCCACAAUGUGGACCGAGGCUUGGACUGGAUGGUACACAGCUUUUGGGGGUCCAGUUCCUCACCGACCGGCUGAAGAUAUUGCCUUUGCUGUUGCAAGGUUUAUUCAGAAAGGUGGUUCCUUUAUUAAUUAUUAUAUGUAUCAUGGAGGAACAAACUUUGGCCGCACUGCCGGCGGUCCAUUUAUUGCGACUAGUUAUGACUAUGAUGCUCCAAUAGAUGAAUAUGGUAUGUUAAGGGAACCAAAAUGGGGACAUCUUAGAGACCUACAUAGAGCAAUUAAGUUAAGUGAAGCGGCUUUGGUUUCUGGUGAUCCUGUCGUCUCAUCUUUGGGACAUUCUCAACAGUCUCAUGUAUUCAGGUCAAAUUCAGGAACUUGUGCUGCUUUUCUGGCCAAUUAUGAUUCACAAUCUUCUGCCACAGUAACUUUCAAUGGCAUACGCUAUAAUCUUCCUCCUUGGUCCAUCAGCAUCCUACCUGACUGUAAAACCGCAGUUUUCAAUACAGCAAAAGUAGGAGCUCAGACCUCACUGGUGAGCAUGCAAGCAGUGGAAAGCUUUUCAUGGAAAUCAUAUGGGGAAGAAACCAAUUCUCUUGAUGAUAGUUCCUUCACUAAAAAUGGAUUGUAUGAGCAAAUUAGUCAAACAUGGGAUAAAUCAGACUAUCUGUGGUAUACAACUUAUGUCAGCAUAGGACAAGAUGAGCAGUUCUUGAGGACAGGAGAUCAUCCCAUCCUCGCCGUCUCUUCAGCCGGCCAUGCUUUGCAUGUUUUUGUCAACGGGCAAUAUGCAGGGAAUGCUUAUGGCGGUCUGAACAAUCCAAAGCUGUCCUAUAGCGGAAAAGUAAAGAUGUGGGCCGGAAGAAAUAAGAUCUCUAUACUGAGUGUAGCUGUUGGGCUGCCAAACGUUGGGCCUCAUUUUGAAACCUGGAAUACUGGGAUUCUUGGUCCGGUGAUCCUAAGCGGUCUUCGGGAAGGAAGGCGAGACCUAUCUCAUCAGCAGUGGACUUACCAGAUUGGUGUGAAAGGCGAACAUCUGAGUCUUCAUUCACUAGAUGGAAGCUCCUCUGUUGAAUGGGGAGAUGUGUUUUCUAAGCAACCCUUGACCUGGUACAAGGCUUUCUUCAGUGCUCCUGGUGGUGAUGAGCCAUUGGCAUUAGAUAUGGGCAGUAUGGGAAAAGGUCAGAUUUGGAUUAACGGCAAGAGUAUUGGUCGUUACUGGCCUGCUUACAGAGCAUCGGGUUCGUGUGGUUCUUGUGAUUAUCGCGGCGCAUAUAAUGAGAAGAAAUGCCAAAGUAAUUGCGGGGAGUCAUCGCAGAGAUGGUAUCAUUUGCCUCGAUCAUGGUUAAAACCAACGGGGAAUUUGUUGGUCGUGUUCGAGGAAUGGGGCGGCGAUCCAAGCAAGAUUUCGCUUGUUAAAAGGACGGUAAGGAGCAUCUGCGCCGAAGUUAUGGAAGGGCAACUGACGGUUAAUCAUUGGCGAAACAAGCAGUACAGUAAGCCUAAAGCUCAUCUAUCGUGUCCCUCCGGGCACAAAAUGAGCAGCAUAAGGUUUGCCAGCUUUGGUACUCCGCAAGGAAUAUGUGGAAGCUAUGAAGAAGGAAGCUGCCAUGCUCAGAAAUCAUAUAAUGCAUUCACAAAGGAUGGAUUGUUGCAGAACUGUUUGGGACAGCAAGCUUGCUCGGUAGUUGCUGAUUCUGAAGUUUUCGGAGGAGAUCCGUGCCCGGGAACGAAGAAAAAGCUUUCGGUUGAGGCCAUCUGUGCAUAAAAGAUUGGCCAUUUUCAUCAGUUUAAGCACACAGAGGUGACAUUCUCUUCUUCAUUUAUACAGUAUAAUUCAUCUGAAGCACAUAAAUUGUUUCAGAUAUAUUGGAUGCUGAAAAGAUGGAAACUUGGGAGGCUGUUGAUUUUUACAUUGAGUUGCUGAAGUUGCAGAAACUGCAAUUAAAUGUAUUUACAAAUUCAGUAAAUUUGAAAAGAUUAAAACAUGUAAAUAAAUUUGUUGCAGAAGGUUUGGAGUCAUUGACAGCUCUGUAAUUUAGGGGGGAUUUAGUAAUUAUUCAAAGUAUGAAUUGUUUGCCUUUUGAAGGGUGAAUUUUAUCAUUAGAAGAGUGUAUUCAGAAGGCAUUUAUUUAAUUCUCUGACAA